AUGAAGAUCAUCCUCGCUCUCGCUCUUGCCCUUCAAGCCUGGGCCGGCCUUGCUGCUCCCGUUGCAGACGCUGGAUUAGCACAGGAGGUUCAGCCCCGCCAGUGUGGAGUCAAUCCUCAUUCGCAUUGCUAG